GACACUUUGCCCAACAUUAUCAAGCCGUCAAAACAUUGAAGUGUCUCCCUCUCUCCGUCUCUCACCCAGAGACACAUACAGACAAAUAGAUCCACACACAGAAGAAGAAAAGAUGGAGGUAUCUACACAGUCAAUUGCACUAGCGGCGGUUUUGGCCGUCCUGGCAACAUUGGCGUGGAGGGUGGUGAAUUGGGUGUGGCUGAGGCCGAAGAGGCUCGAGAGGCUCUUGUGGCAGCAAGGCCUCUCCGGCAAACCCUACUCCUUCCUGUUCGGAGACAUCAAGGAGAACACGCAGCUGCUCAAGGAAGCCAAGUCUAAGCCUAUCGCCAUAUCCGACGACAUCAAGCCUCGCCUCUUUCCGUUCUUGCAUCGAUCCUUCCAAACCCAUGGCAAAGACUCAUUCAUAUGGAUGGGCCCAACUCCGAGAGUGAACAUAGCAAACCCCGAGCAGUUAAAGGAGAUCUUCUCCAAGAUAUACGAAUAUACUAAGCCAACCCCCAAUCCCCUAAUGAAGCUGCUCUUUGAUGGACUUGUGAACCACGAGGGCGAGAAAUGGGCUCGGCACCGGAAGAUUAUCAAUCCGGCAUUCCACAUGGAGAAGUGGAAGCUUAUGUUGCCCGCUUUUUAUUCAAGUUGUGCUGAAAUGGUAGACAGAUGGGAGAGAUUGGUAUCAGAGGAGAAAUCGUGUGAGGUCGACGCGUGGGUCGACCUUCAAACUUUGACUCGUGAUGUGAUCUCUCGGACAGCAUUUGGUAGUAGCUUUGAAGAAGGUAAAAGGAUCUUUGAACUUCGGGAGGAACAAAUCCUACUCACGCCUAAAGCCCUUCGAUCAGUCUACAUCCCCUACUGGAGGUUUGUGCCAACUAAGAUGAACAGGAGGAUGAAGAGCAUAGAUAAAGAAGUGCAGGCCCCGCUCACGGACAUCGUCCGUAGAAGAGAGAAAGCAAUAAGGGCGGGGGAAGCUGCUAGCAAUGAUCUGUUGGGCCUGUUGCUAGAGUCAAAUAUGAAGGAGAACAUCGGGAUGAGCCUUUAUGAUGUGAUUGAGGAGUGCAAGCUUUUCUACUUCGCCGGACAAGAGACCACUUCGGUUUUGCUAGUAUGGACCAUGGUGUUGUUGAGUCUGCACCCGGAUUGGCAAGCGCGAGCUAGGGAGGAGGUCCUCCAAACCUUUGGAAGAAGAAAACCUGAUUUUGACGGGUUAAACCACCUCAAGAUUGUCACAAUGAUCUUGAAUGAGGUGCUGAGGCUAUACCCACCAGCGACCAUAUUAAUACGGAAGGUUGAGAAGGAAACAAAACUAGGGAAGCCGACCAUACCACCAGGAGUCCUUCUCUCAAUGCCGACUCUCUUCAUACACCAUGAUAAAGAACUAUGGGGCGAGGAUGCCGAGGAGUUCAAGCCCGAGAGGUUCGCCGAGGGAGUGUCCAAGGCCACCAAGAACCUAGUCUCCUUUUUCCCUUUUGGAUGGGGCCCUCGUAUAUGCAUUGGCCAGAACUUCGCAAUGAUAGAGGCAAAGGUGGCACUCUCCAUGAUACUUCAACAAUUCACAUUUGAGCUCUCUCCAUCUUAUGCGCAUGCCCCUUACACUUCCAUCACCCUCCAACCACAGUAUGGUGCUCGGUUCAUCUUGCACAAGGUAAACUAGAAAGUUACAUAUCGGGGUGACAUGUGGUGUAGACAAAAAACAUGUAUUUGAAAUAAGGAAACAGUAUACCUUUUUCCAAAUAAUUGCAUUAUUGUCUUCCCUCCCUAAUGUACUAACCUAGGAUCAUCAGUGAUUGAUUGUGAUGGAAUCUUGCACAGAAGAACGUGAUUUGAUUUAUCCAUGGAAAUUAUACAGAUGAAAACAAGUUUGGCUUACUCAAGCUGAAUUUUUUA